ACCCUAAUGAUGGACAGUACCUGAAUAUUUUAUUCUGAUGUUUGAUGCUUUAAGUUUUUUUCCGUAUAACAUAUCAGAUGCAUAAGGUUUUAUGUUUAAAGUGCUUUAUAUUAAAUGUACAAGGUUGAGUGUAAUAUUAAUUAGUGCAAUACCAGUGUGAUAAUAAAGUUGAGUGUAAUAUUAAUUCGUGCAAUACAAGUGUGAUAAUAAAGUUGAGUGCAAUAUUAAUAAUUCAAUCAUCAUUUACGUGAAAAGAGCAAUUAACUUUCGUUCCUUUCUCGUUCCUAGAAGAUUAGGAGGAACUUCAAGCUGUACAAGAUGCCUCGUCCUGUGUCGGCACAAACUAGAAAUGAACAGCUGAUGAAAGAAAAAGCUUCUAAGAAACUUAUGGUGGCAGAAGACCCGGUAGAAAAACUUAGACUAUUAUGCUUACAACGUGGAUCUCGAGGAAUUCUGGGAUUGGGAAGAGUGUUUAGGCGGAUGGAUGACAAUAACAGUGGAGACUUGAAUACGGAGGAAUUUGUGAAAGGUAUUCGAGAUACGGGACUUCAGAUAACAGACGAAGAUGCUGAGAAACUCUUCCAGCAAUUCGACAAGGAUGGAUCAGGAACAGUCCAUUACGAAGAAUUUCUAAGAGCAGUUAGGCCUAAAAUGUCGGCAAACCGAAUAGCUUUAGUUGAGAAAGCCUUCGAUAAAGCAGAUAAAACAGGAGACGGAAAACUGACUUAUGAAGAUCUGAGGGGUAUAUAUUCAGUGCAGAAUCAUCCUGAAUAUUUGAAUGGACAAGCGACAGAAAAACAACUACUGAACAGAUUUCUCAAAAAUUUCGAAGACGGUGGUGUAAUAGAUGGAGUGGUAAGUGAUAUUUAAAAUAAUAAUUUUAGAACUCA